AUGGCAAAGCCCACAAAGCUAUACAGCUUAUGCUCUGUGCUAAUGGCUUUCCUCUUCGCUUUUUCGGCGUCUGUUCAGUUGGAUGAUCCCGAUUGGUAUUUUUGGUUUCCUCUCUAUGCAUGCGCGUGUGUGGUUAAUAUGGUGAACUGGGUCGUCUCCUGCAGUAGCAGAACCCAAAUCAGGAAUAUCGCUAGGAUGUUAUUGCUGCUUGGAAUACUUUUGUUCAUCAAGGUCGUCAUAGAAGAUUUUGUGAAUGGAACAGCUGGGUUCUGGUCGCUGGAUUUGAGUAAGAGAGUGGUUAGAGAGAAAACUGGAAGUGGGUUGGUUGUCAUUUCCUUGAUUUUGCAGUUGGAAGCAUCAUUAGUCCCACAAGCCCCCAUGCGAAAAAGGAAGGAAUUUGCAAAACUUGUUGGAUAUAGGAUGGCAAUCUUGGUGGGCUUCGGCUACGGACUCCCCUUUGUCUUCUUUGUUGUCCAAAAAGGAGAACCGAAGUUCUGA